AUGUCCACCGUAAUCAUUGGCGGCGGCAUCAUCGGGCACUCAACAGCUUACUACCUCUCCCUCGCUUCCAGAACACACCGACACCAAAUUCACAUCAUCGACCCAGCCACCGACCUCUUCGACUGCGCUUCAGGCUAUGCUGCUGGCUUCAUCGUCCGCGACUGGUACUCACCUGAGCUAGCUGCGCUCGGCAACCUGUCCUUCGAGCUGCAUGAGCAGCUCUCUCGAGAGCAUAGCGGCUACGAGAAAUGGGGAUAUAUGCGCGGCACCGCAGUGGGAUUGCAAGUGCAGUAUGAGGACGGGAAGAGGUCGGGGAGCGGGCAUGAUUGGCUGAGGCAGGGGGCGAGCCGGGCGGAGGUAGCGGCGAGGGCGGAUGAGAAGAGAGCAGGCGAGCCGGAUGAGGCACCGGAGUGGCUGACCAGGCAGGAGGGCGGGCGGACGGAGAGGAUAAGUGACGUUGGGGGUACGGCACAAGUGGUGACAAACACCCGCUCGACAAUCCCCUGUACAAACCUCAUUUUUACCGCUGGCGCGUGGACGCCACAUGCCUUCAACGCCCUCUUCCCCACAUCCCCCACUCGCAUCCCUGUCACUUCUCUGUCGGGAUACUCCAUACUCGUCCGCUCCCCGCGUCACACCAUCGCGCACGAAAGAGGCACAUAUGCCGGAACAGCACACGCUGUUUUCACAACCCACCCGCGCUCCUGCGGCUUUAGCCCUGAGAUCUUCUCGCGUGCGGGUGGCGAGAUAUACCUCGCCGGUCUGAAUAGCGCGGAAAUGCCCCUCCCGGCACUCGCGAGUGAGGCGCGUGGCAUGAUGGAGGCGGGGGACGUAGCACGGGUACUUCGGGAGGCACUUUGUUUCCGGCCGUGGACGGAGAGUGGGAGACCGAUUGUGACGCGUGUGGGGGAUUGGGUUUUGGGAUCAGGGGUUGUGUCCCCUCCUGGUGGUGGCGUCUUCAUGGCGGCGGGACACGGCCCGUGGGGUAUUUCGUUGUCAUUGGGGACAGGGAAGGUUAUGGCGGAGAUGGUUAUGGGGGUCAAGACGAGUGCGGAUCACUUCUACAUGAGGCACGCAUCAUCGAGUCAUUUGGAAAUUGUCGAAAUGGCAGCAAACGAGAGCUACAACGAUGGCCACCGCGCGCUCUUGCAGGCCUUCAUGGCGCGCUCAACAAUGACCUACGAACAAGCAAAGCCUGUUCUGGCUGCGAUAUUUACUGCUCGAGACAACCAAGAAACCCUCCCCGAAGACAUCACCCAAGCCGACCUCUCAAACUACAUCGCCACAAUAAACACUGCCAUAUCCCCCUUCGAUCUCGAAAUUAGGUCUACUAGGCACCAGACAGACCCCACCCGUAUCUACGUCCUUGUCAACACCACCAGCGACCCCCUUACCCAGCUAGCCACUACCUACAACGCCAACGAAAUCGCCUUCGUCAAACGUGUCCUGGACGCCAUGUUCGAUACCCACAAUACUCCGCGCCUGGAGGCGAUGGCCGUGUCGUCCAUGCAGGUCGCACAGCUGGCGAAGGCACCCAGUACUUCCGAAAGACGGGAGUCGGCUCCUGCAAAUGGCACGCCAGCUGCCCGUGCGCCGCAAUCGCUGGGAAUACGCGAGGCGGAUGACGUGAUGAAGAGGCUCGUGGAGGAAGGGUGGUUUGAGGAGAGUCGAAGGGGAUAUUUUACGCUUAGUCCACGCGCACUGACGGAGUUGCGCGGGUGGCUGGUCGCGACGUAUAAUGAGGACGAGGAGGACUCUGGUACGGAGGGUUCUGGGCGGAUUGCUAAGAUCAAGACUUGUUUGGGCUGUAAGGAUAUUAUCACUGUGGGCCAACGAUGUUCGCAGCGUCAAUGCCCCGGCCGUCUCCACGACAUCUGCACACAGAACUUCUUCCGCCGCCAACAAGCAGAGACAUGUCCUGUUUGUAAAUCGAAAUGGACUGGUGAACACUUUGUGGGCGAACGGGCGAUCGUUGCUGCUAAUCGGCCGUCAACCGCACGGAGGCGGAGUGGACGUCCGGCGGAAGGAGCUGAAAGCUUUGGCGGUCAAGAUGGUGGUGAGGAUGAUGGUGAUGAUGCUGGUGAGAUGGCGGACGUCGCUGGAUGA